AUGAGAGAAGCUGUUUAUGACAAAAGUCUCCAGGUUGAGAUUCGCGAUGUUCCCAGGCCAAGCCCUGGCCCUGGCCAAGUCUUGAUUCGAACUGUGGUAUCGGGGACGAACCCAAAGGACUGGAAGUAUCCUAGGUACUGGGCGGCACCUGGUACCCCAGCGAUCAAUCACGGCGAUGACAUCGCUGGCUUUGUCGAAGACGUUGGCGAAGGUGUUAUCGGGUUUCGUCGUGGCGACCGAGUUGCUGCCUUCCAUGAAAUGGGUGCUCCUAACGGAAGCUUUGCGGAGUAUUCUAUCGCCUGGGCGAGGUCGACUUUUCAACUGCCAGAAAGAACCACUUUUGAAGAGGCUGCCACUAUUCCUCUCCCUGCGAUGACCGCAGCCUUGGGUCUCUUCCAGAAGCUCGGUCUUCCUCUCCCUUGGAAGCCCGCUACAGCCCCGCUGCCAUUGAUCGUCUACGGCGGCGCAGGUGCGGUGGGAUCUUAUGCUAUUAAGCUCGCUAGGCUUUCCAACAUCCAUCCUAUUGUUACUGUCGCUGGCAAUGGUAUCCCCUACGUCGAAUCAUUGCUUGAGAAGUCGAAAGGGGAUGUCGUUGUCGAUUAUCGAAAGGGCAAUGAUCAUGUCGUCGAGGAACUGCGCAAGGCUGCUGGCGCCGAUGCCAUUUAUGCCUUUGAUGCGGUAUCUGAGAAAGGCAGCAUCGGGAACCUGGGCAAAGUCCUAGCCGCGGGAGGCCGGAUUGCAACAGUUCUAACCCCCGAAAUGGCCAAUGCUGCGAAAGAGGAUGCUGGAAAAGCCGAGGUGCUGUUUACUCUGGUAGGGACUGUGCAUGCUCCUUCAGGCGCGACGUUAGGCGAUCGAGAGUUUGGAGCUGUCUUUUACCCCUUCCUUAGCCUGGGUCUCGCGGAGGGUUGGUUCAAGGGUCAUCCGUUUGAGGUAAUUGAUACAGGGCUUGAUGGGUUACAAAAGGCUCUGGGCUUAUUGCAAGAGGGCAAACUUUCUGCAAAGAAGGUUGUCUUGAAAAUUGCCGAUAUUUAG